AUGGCGCCCGCGUCCUCCUCCUGGGUCAUCCUGGGCCGCGUGCCACGGGUGACGGCGGCCGACGCAGACCUCCCUCCGGGCGCCGACCUUUCCCUCGCUCUGCCGGCGCCCCCGCGCGUUGCGACCCUCACCAUCCCCCCGCGCAUCUUCCCUGCCCGCACCACCUCCGACAACUUCCCGGCCGUCGUCGCCGUCGACCCCACCGGCCUCCUCCUCCUCCACGCCGACCAGGGCCGCGCCACGGGCCCCACCAUCGUCGACACAGCCGGCAACCAGUCGUUCGGCUGGCGCCCAUUCGUCGCGGGCUACUUCGUCCUUGACGCUACAACCGCCUCCGCCCUUCCGCUCCCAAAGCCCGAGCUCAUCCUGCACUCGGGCCACCUCGGCCUCAUCUCCUCCCCGCGGGGUGGCGGCCACUACAUGGUCGUUGAGCUCCAGCCCAUCCUCGGCGGUCAGGAGGGCACCCUCCUACGCUUCUCGUCCGACGUCGGAGAGUGGGUCAGCAAGGGCAUCCACAUCCCGCUUCCUUUCCGGCAGUUGGCCCCCAACGGUGCGGUCUCGUACUACGGGAGGCUCUGGUGGGUCGACCUCUCCUGGUGCCUCCUCACCUGCGACCCCUUCGAGGACGCGCCGGUGCUGAGGGUCGUCCCGCUACCGCCGGGCAAGGUGCUCAAGUGCAGGGAGGGUUGGGGAUUUCUCGACAAGUACCGCUGCGUGCGUGUCAGCGGCGGCAAGCUGCGGUUCCUGGACAUGUACCGGAACCGUAACAGCCAGGGCGCUGCACAGAUCAGCGUCUGGACGCUCGCCGAUCCGGAGUCCACGGAGUGGACGCUGGAGUACGAGGCCACCUUUGCGGAGAUCUGCAACGACGCGAGCUACAAGGCGACUGGUCUGCCAAAGAAGAUCCCGGUGCUUGGGCUCAUCCAUCCCAUCAACCCUGACGUGGUCUACUUCUUCCUCGACAAGAUCUGCUCGGUAUCGACGUGGGCGCUCGCAAGGUUGUGGAGUGUGAGGUCUACGAGCUGGUUGCCCCGCCUAGCGAGCACUUGGCUACCCGCUUCGUUCACGCUUGGCAGCUGCCACGGGCUCUCAGCUGCUCAGGUUGAAGCUGAGUGA